AUGUCAAGCACACCCAGCGAUCAUUUCCCGCCGUCUAGAAAUCAUCUCUGGGGCCCAGAACGAAGACGUCUUUCUGCUCAUCUCAUUCAGAUGGCUAUGGAUGCACUGCCAGGCUCUCGUUCUUCGGAACACUUACCAAGUAAACCAUACAAGACGAUCAAGAGACCGUAUGAGCAACAUAAGUAUACGGGAAAAGCGAGUAAAUCUUACGUGCCUCCAGCGCCUGUGAGUGAGAGAACGAAGAGAAAGGAGAGACCACUGACGCCAAGUGAGGGUUAUGGAUUGGGCGUUUUUGGGAUGGGAUUUGAGGUUGAUGGGAAUGAGGCGGAACAUAUGGAUAGGAAAUUCUUUGGUCAAGGGGGGAGUACAUUUUUUGGUUUGUUGCCGUCGGAGGUGAGGAUGGAGAUUUACAAGUGGGUGCUUGGAGGGAGGGUACUGCAUAUCGUAAGAAGGAAGGAUAAGUUGAGUCAUGUUGUUUGUAAAAGUGAUAGAAGAGACUUGGAUGCAGGGACGAGGGAGGAGGAUGCGUGUAUCGUUGCGGGGUGUAGGGGCGUGAAGAUACCUGGCGGGAGUGGGGUGCAUGAGAUAAUUGGGAAGGGGAGCGGAAGUUUGAUUCCGUUGCUACAGGUUUGUAGACGAAUCUACUCUGAGGCAAUCUCUCUUCUCUACUCAACCAACACCUUCAACUUCGACAGCAUGGAAUCCUUCAUCUCUUUCAGUAACGAGAUUCUUCCCCGUCGCUUUGAUUCCAUAACCUCCGUAACCCUCGAUUUCUCCUUUGAUACAUCAUCUCUAUAUAACGAAUCCUCCUCUAACGAUGUGCCCCGUUGGGAACGUACAUGGAUGAUAAUCGGAUCCAUGAAGUCGCUUAAAAGUCUCAAAGCAACAAUCAUCUGGCCUAGAAAAAUACCAGCUUGGAGUCACGAACUGAGACUAUUGGAACCUUUGAAUAUGGUAGGGAUACUAGGUAAAUAUGCCAAGGAUAGUAAGGCGAAGAGUAAAGAUGGUGAGCGUAGGCCUGAAAACAAAGAUGGGUUUGAGGUGAGACUGAGGGAGUUGACAGAGGAGGCAAAGGGGAGAGGGAAGGCGAGGGCUUAUGAGGUGGGAAAGGGAUUUGCGGUUGGUAACGCGAAGAUUGUACCGGCAGCGGGAUUUGAUGAGAUCACUGAAGAGGACUUACCGUUCAAGGUUGUUAGGAUGAAGUUGUAA